AUGUCAUUGCAUAAUUAUUUGAAUGAAAAAUAUGGUUCAAUACCUCAACGUAAGAGUAAGAAGAAAAAGGGUCAAGAAAUUGCUGGGACUACAGGUAGUCAAAUGAAUAUUACAGAGAAUUCAUAUUCAACAUUCGAGAAUAUUACAGAAACCGGUGAUGAUCGAAAUAAUAAUAGUGCUGAAACUCAUCGAAAGAAUAAGUCAUUAUGGAAAAAUUUAGAUACAAAUAGAUUAGUAUCCAAAAAUACAGUCGAUAUUUCAAAAUCUUCUCCUAAAGAUGUGAUACAAAUGAGUUCAGGUGCUCAUGCAGGAUUGAAUACAGCAGAGCAAGUGGAUCAACAAGUUAAAAUGAAGGAGAAAAUGGAAAGAUUUAAUACAGCAUCAGAAAAUACCACAACAUUGUAUAGAGAUGAGAAGGGUAGAAAAAUCAAAAAUAUUAAUAAGGCAAUUAAAAAUACAGAGGAAAUUGAAUACAAGAAGGAAAUUGAGAGGAAAAAUAGGAUAAGAAUAUUAAAUAUGGGUGAAAUUCAAUUAAAAAUGGAAGAUGAACAAUUAGCCUUGGAUGAAGUAGUAAACAAUGCAUCAUUACGACAGAAAAUUAAUGAAUUUGAUGACCCUGCUAAAGCAUUCAAGUUUAAUGAGACAAAAAAUAAUAUGGAAUAUACCUCCCCAAUGGGACGUAAACUUUAUUCAAAACUAUUUCAAGAAAAUAGGUUUAGCAUAACACCAGGUUAUAGAUGGGAUGGUGUCGAUAGAUCAAAUGGAUUUGAAAAAAGAUGGUUUGCAAAGAAAAAUGAAAUAGAAGAAAAGAAAAUACAGAGUUAUACUUUGCAAGAGGAUAUUUAA